AUGCUAGCGCAGCACGAAGAGACCCGGAAGCGCGAGUUCGAGAGCCAGCCUGGGGAGGUCAAGGAAGCAAUAGCCGCAGCUGGCGGCGGCUCGGCCGUCACCCCCGUCACCGCGCCCGGCCGCGGCGGCGGCGAGAAAGGCGGCGCUCCGGGCGCGCCGAGCGUUGAGGGCGGCGCGAGGGGGGAAGAGAAGCCGUCCGCGGCACGGGAAGAGGGCGCCGCGAGUCGCGGGACGAAGAAGGGCGACGACAUGCCGACAACGGCGGCAGGGAGAAUGGGCGGCGGCGUGGCGGCACCUGAGGUGCCGAUUCGGAUGCGGGACGUGCUGCCCGAGGGGGAGGUGCAGGCGGGAGCGCUGGACAUGCCCGUCACGAAGAUGGACGCCGCUGCGAAGCAGAGGGAGGAAACCGCGGAGUUCGGAGGGCCAGUGAAGGGCGGCACAGCAGCGGCGAUGCAGUCAGCGGCGGACAAGAACGUGCAGGCGGGGGUGGUGCCGCCCAUGGGGGCAGAGCUGGCCAGUGCGAAAGCUGCAGAGGCCACCGCACAGGGCCGCAAGCUCGGAGCGCCCUGA